UGUCCUCAUGCUCCCCUGAUGUGCCUUCCAAGAGGCAGUUGCUGGCUGUUGUGGAAACCCGGCAGCCAGAAAUGGACUUUAGCCUUUGGCAAAGUUCUGGUUUAGUUAUACAGGCCGUCUUUAGCAAAAGGAAGCUCUGUACGACAGUGAAACAAAGCCACCUGAAAGGCAAACCAGUCGGGCCAGUUAGUCAGAGGAGCCGCUUGGCCAGCGUAGCGUUGGUCGUAGUAACAUGGGUGGCAAAAUGGUCUUCAGCGCAGCUUCUGGCGGCAGGUGCUUAAGCAGGAUAGACAAGUCCCUGGCACUUGCGUCAUCACGUCUUCUUGGUGCCCGAGUCCAGAUACCUGCUCAAGCAGGUGGUAGAGUCCUUGAUGUAACAUCUGAUCCCUGGAAACAUCUGCUCAGUAAUAUAAAACACUUGUACAGAUGGUAUGAGGGGAACAAUCAGGCUUUGAAAGUAACAUAGGAUCUGGUGUAUACAGGACAUUUAUAGGGCUUUCUUGAAAGCAUUGGCAGGGAGUACAUAUUACACUAAAUUUUUAUAACUUGGACAGUUGAAGCUGCCUAUAAAACAAGGCUUUAAACCCCAGAUACGUCGGCUGCAGCUCUGCCUGAUGAGUUGAAAGCCUGACAUUUCUGGUUUUACGUGGUGAGGCUUUUCUUUUGUAGACUCGCCUGUAGACGUAAUGCUUCGUGCGUAAAAACACGAAGGUAGGCCUGUUCUGCCUAGAAACAGGACUUCAGCAUGUGCCCCGGAAAAUUAUUUCCCUUGAAAAGCUGUGCAUUCCUGAGAAGGUUUGUAUCUGCUUCCCUACUCACAAUCGGCAACUGAAAGUCUGGCACAUUUGCAGAACUCUCCAGAUAACCUUUUGCACUUGGUUUCGUAAAUGAAUAAAGUGCUCGUUCUUACUUUGUGUAUUUGAGUUGUUUUUUAAUUGCUUCCCAUAUUUUUAUUUCAUACAAACUGAACAAUUGUGGCCCCUCUAUUUUAUUUAUAAAGGUUCAGUGUAUCUUUGCCUGCCUACAUCAAUCUGCAAGGGAGUUGCAGAAAAGCCUCAUGUUCAUCGAGCCGUUUGGGCAAGAAAACUUUUCCUUUAAAACUUUUCAACAGCGGGCAUAAAAUUCUGCAGCUGAGGUCUUGAAGAAUGCAGAUGGGUAUAGAGAUGAAACCAGACAAAGGGUGAAGUUUACAGAUGAACGGGUCUGCAAGAGCCAUCUUCUGGACUGUUGCCCUCAUGAUAUCCUAGCAGGGACGCGCAUGGACCUUGGGGAGUGUACAAAAAUUCAUGAUUUGGCGCUGAGAGCAGAUUACGAGAUUGCAAGUAAAGAGAGGGACCUGUUCUUCGAGCUGGAUGCAAUGGACCACUUGGAAUCUUUCAUUUCUGAGUGUGACAGAAGAACAGAACUAUCUAAAAAACGACUUGCAGAAACUCAGGAGGAGAUCAGCGCUGAAGUAGCAGCAAAGGCAGAGAAAGUGCACGAACUCAAUGAAGACAUUGGCAAGCUCCUGGCUAAAGCUGAACAGUUGGGAGCCGAAGGGAAUGUGGAUGAAUCCCAGAAGAUCCUAAUGGAAGUUGAGAAAGUCCGUGCAAAGAAGAAAGAAGCAGAGGAGGAAUACCGCAACUCCAUGCCUGCAUCCAGUUUCCAGCAACAGAAGCUGCGUGUCUGCGAGGUCUGUUCCGCAUACCUCGGUCUCCACGACAACGAUCGUCGUCUUGCUGAUCAUUUUGGAGGCAAACUGCAUUUGGGCUUCAUUCAGAUCCGUGAGAAGCUGGACCAGUUGCGGAAAACCGUAGCUGAAAAACAGGAGAAGAGAAAUCAGGACCGGUUGAGAAGGAGGGAAGAAAGAGAGCGAGAAGAACGUGUGGGACAACGAUCUGGAUCAAGAAAUAGAGAUCGCAGAAGAUCGCGGUCUCGAGAGCGGAGGCGGCGACAUUCCCGAUCCCUUUCCCGCGAGAAGCGAAAAUCCCGCUCGAAGUCUCGGGAGCGAGAGAGGCACCGGCGCCACCGCAGCCGUUCCCAGAGCCACAGUCGGGGCCACCGCCGUGGGUCCAGAGACAGGAGCUCCAAGCAUAAAUCCUCUAGGGAUCGGUCUUCAAGAGAGAGAUCGCGGGACCGGGAGAAGAAAGAGAAAAGUUCCUCCGAAAGACGGCACGAGAGCACCAACGGCAAGUCCCGCUCAAAGCGGUCGGAGGAGAGGGAAGCCGGCGAGAUCUGAACUCCUGCAGGACCCUCUUCUUGUACUGUAAAUAGUCUCGAGAAGCAUUCUACACGGCCCAAGUCUCCCAUUCGUAUUCACUGAAUACAGCGCGUCUUUUGUAGUUCUGAAUUUCUAUUGUUUCUGCAGCUAGCGAUGGCAGUUCCCUGCCACUGAUGGAAACUUUGUUUUUAUUAAGCAUAAACAGGCCCAGCAGCCAGCGAUCCACCCACCCAGAUUAACACCUGAAACGGAAUGCGGCUGCUGGAAAGCGAUCCUCUGAGAGGGAUUGUGAUCUGCUUUGAAAAGGUAUCCUCGCCUGCUCACUUUGAAGCAUCACUUGCAUUUCUGUCGCAGCGUUAAGUUGACACCCCACCUAAAGAGAUGGUGGUGCUUUUCCCCCCACUCUUCUAAACACUGCAGAUUCAUUUAGGGAUUCCAGUACUCUACUUCAAACAUUCAACUCUGUGUAGGCAAGCCAGCAGUUCAAUUUACAUGCACCCUUGCUGUAAUUUUGGGGCAACUGCUACAACUGGAUAUGGUUUGGUUUAGGGGUAAUUGUAUUUGUAGUCUGGUGAAGUUAACGCAGCCUUCUAAUUUAAAUGAACGAUAAUUGGAUUGUUUUGCCCAGUGCCCUGCCCUUCAGUGUAGUUUUUCACAGCUUGCCUGUUUUUCAGCCCAUUCACUUCCUGAAUUUUGCUUUCCUGUCCCAAUUUGUCAGUUACAAGUAGACAUAAAUAUUUAUUGCCCGAUGGAGAGGUCUUAGCUUAGGCUUUGGCUGCAGAAUCUCAGACACUUCGGAGUAAUCCCAAACAGGUCUUAAGAGGCGCUGUGUUGAGAGGUGCCCUUGCCUGGCAGGUGAUACCAAGAAACGUAUUCAUUUGCUGCACUUGGAAGCUGUACUUGCAGCAGUGAACUAAGCAUUGGUUGGAAGAAAUCAGUGAGAUAAAAGAGCAUAAUCUACUGUUGCUAGGAUCACCUUAAGACUUAACAGCAGCUGAAUUCUGACAAAUGACCAUUGAAGGCAGAUAAAAGUUAACACAGUUCCCACACGUCCAGUGAACUGGAAAUGUUUGUGCCUCUUCUGCAUUCCUUCCCCCCCCCCUUUGGCUUCAUCUACAGAAGUGCAGAUUGACAGAAUUAUACUAACCUUAAUGCACAUUUAGAGUUUCUUUUCUUUCCUAUUUUUCUUUUGCUGUCACUGCUCCUUUUCCUGGUAGAGCAAUGCGGGCACGUAUCUUGUUUGUGUGAGGUGUUGAGUGGAUAGAAGAAGCCACAAGCAGGUGCAUUUACUGUGGGGAGAUGGCCCCACCUCUGAUUCAGGCUUCCAGAGUCACAGAGAGAUUCCAUUGGGUCAGAUCAUUCCUGGGAAUCUCACAUCUGAAAUGCACCCCCCCCCCACCUCAGGAAGGUUGAUGGGUCCAGUAAAAGAACCUGGCAAGGCAAAUCACGUUAAAUGUGCAGAGCGUUAGGAAUCCAUCCCUCAGUGAGGAUUUUUAUGUUUGGUAUUUGCAGUUGGGCAGUUUGAUCCGUAACAGCACUUCCCCGCCCCACCCCCCACGUCUUUUGAGGAGUUAUGGUCUAAGUAACAAAGAUGUAAGUAAAGUGCUGUUGUCCUGCCAGUCUGAAUUCACAUUAAAAGCUUAUCUUUGUGGCUUGGAGUGGUCAGUGCUCUAUUUCAGGGUCAUAUUGAUGUUUAAAGCAUCUUGGAAAACCAGGUCCUAACUAGCCUAGCCUAGAGUACGAGGAUUAGAAAUAUACUGAAGCUCGCUAUGGGCAAUAUGAUGAGAACCUGUAGCCCAUAAGAUCCUGCCUUUGUAUUACACAUUCCUGAAUUGUAAACACUUGGUACAAUGCUGGGUCAGUAUUUCUACAGUGCUAUAACAAGACCGAGCCAUCACCACUGGCUGGCUGGCUGCAUCACCACAGAGAAGGGCUUCUGUUAACAUCUGUAUAAAAGAGAGUUUUAAGAGUUGGAAGUAGGUUUGAAGGCAGAAAGUUUCCACCUCUGCUGAAAAGUGUAAGAAUUCCAGUCAUCUGGUACCUGCAUAAGCACACAACACAGAGGCCGUAUUUGCUUUUUGUUAGUGGGAUGAACUAAUCAUUCAACUUCAGUGAGAUUGGGAGGCAACCAGGCAUGUUAGCUUCCAUUGAAUUCUGCUUGAAGAGGAGUGCCUCCUUUUGUUUGUACUGUUGCUCAUCAUGGGGAUCACCCCAGUCUGCUCAUCCUUGCUUGUAGUUCUUCAUAGCCUGGGCUUUGCCCCAGUAGUUUCCUCAUUCAGCCGUACCAUUUACUCACCGUCAGACUCCUGCAAAUAGCCAGUGCUCUGAAUUGAUUCAGGCGGACUCAGAGCACACUGAUUCAUCUUGAUUUAGGUGACUGAUUGUUUCGUCCAAAUCAGAUUGGGGCUGAUUUGGACAUCCAAAUAAAAAUAGAAUCAGUUUUUGAAAUCAUUUCACUUGAUGGAAUCAGACUGAUUUUUCUAAUGAGCUCAAUUUUUUGUCUGGACUUCAUUUGCACCCCCCUGUUAUUACACAUUAGAUUGAUGGCUAAGGGCACCAAUCCCCUAAAAUUACCAAAUAAGUUCACAUGGAAGUAGAAUCUGAAUACUUCCCGGCUUUUACUUUGUAUUUUAAACCGAUGAGUAUUUAACUGUUACCGCGAAGUUCCAGAAACAGCGUUGUGCAACAUUGCCUUUAAAAACGGAGGUAGUGUGAUACAAAUGGUGUACAUGUAUUUACAAAAUGAAUUCCUAAAAUUCAUAGAAUUCGAAAGAGGCAUUUAAGCCAUCAAGUGUAAUCUUCUUGUUUAGUGCAAGAAUCUGUGUUAAACAUUCCUGACAGGUUUGUUUUAUUUUUUGGUCUAGUCUCUGCUAGGACACCUCCAGUGAAGGGGAACCAACCCUUGCUUUGGAGGUUGGCUCAUUACUGGUCUAAGCCCCGCUCUUCACAGAGGUGAUGCAGAAAUGUGGCUCUGGCUGUUACGAAAUCCCUUGUAUUUGUUGAUAACAUUAUUCAGGGUUGUUUUUGGUUGGCUUAUAUUUUCACUGUUUCACUCAUAACCAUUUUCUUUGUUGGAAGCUGUGGAGAGAAAGAAAAAAAAAUAGCUGUAUCUUUUUGAAAAUGAUAAUUAAGGUAUAGGUGGGGUUCAAGUGGUAAUUAACAUUUCUAAAGGCCUUGAAGGAUUGUGGAUGAAUACCUUUUCUUUUUUAAAAUCAUAUAUAUUGCAUUCCAGCAUUGAGGAUUUGCAGUUGGGUAAGCAGCACAAGCUCUAGAGCCCAAAGGGGUUUGUAAUCUUUAAGUUCAACUUUUCUGUUUACACUCAGCUAGUGUGCAUUUUUAUUCAGAUUCUGGCCAACCACGUAUAGCAAAUAGCUGUCUGUAAGGGAAGAUAGAUAGCUGGAGGUGGGUUGGUUGGGUUUUCGGUCUCUCAACUGAAUUGGUUCAUGUGUUGCCCACUCUCUGCUAUGUAACCGAUUCCCUAACGAGUCUGAAGAGUGAUUAAAAACUUGUUGGGACUGCC